GCCCUAGUUUAUAUCCUGUCCGUACUGAUUUCAAUUCUUAUCACCUUCUCUAGGACCAGACUAUAGUUAGCUAUUAUUUCACCUAUUUCCCGACAUGAACAUGGAUCUACGAUUAGGAUUUCUCGUGUGUAUUGGGUUACCACUUGUGUUGCCUACCUGUGAUGUAGGUUGGACCGAGUACAAAGAGAAUUGUAUCUGGUUCAGUCAGGGGCAGAAAGCGUGGAAUGACGCUGAAGCGGACUGUAGAUCCAAGGCGAGCUGGCUCCUGACGGACGAUAGCGAGGGCAAACAUGACUUCCUAGGAACCAUUCUAAACGUUUUGAGGGGGCGCGGUAUAACAGAAUGGUUUAUAGGUGCGACGGAUUACACUUUUGAGGGCAGCUUCAGAUGGCUGGAGACAGGUUCAGCAAUAGGAUCGUUCACCAAAUGGGCACCGGGCCAACCUAACGGAACUAACAUCGAAAACUGCUUGUCACUCAAGUGGAUCGGGCGUGAAUUGUUAUGGGAAGAUGAGAAGUGCUCCUCCAGAGGAAGGCGUGAAGUCAGGAAGAACCACACCCACGUCCAUCAUACAAGACCUCCACCCGUCGGGAUGUAUAAUUAUAUCUGUGAGACAAGGAAUGUGGAUCACAAUAGUGGACCCGUGGUUGGAUAGUUAUCAAAGGAAGCACUAGGGUCGGGGCUGAAAAUGUCUGCGGUAGAUAAAUAAAUUACAUCUAUAUAUACAUGUACGAUUCUAGUCUUAUUGUAUCAAAAUAAAUAAAGGAUUUGUUUGGAAAAAACAACAAC